AGCUAUGCAGGGAAAUGCUUCAGUGGUAGAUGGGGCCCUGAGAAGAGAGUUGUGGUGAAAGUGAUCGUGUUCUUGGUACUAGCAGAAUCCUUACAUGGCGGUGAAAAUGGAGGGACAGCUUGAGGCUCUGCGGGCGACUCCAAACCUUAAAUUUUAUCAUAUCAAAUCUCUCUCGCCAAACUUCAUCCUAGAACGCUGGACACUGGACACUACAGAGUGCUACCUUGCAGUCUACGAACGGCAUUCUGAUAUAUGAGGUGCCAAUCUCGGCAACUAGUUUUGCAAACAUUUUCUGAAACCAAUUCGCCGUUCUCCGCGUGAUUUUGUAAUCCCGUUGACUGCUACGGCCUUCACCUUUUAACCAUGGGGGCCAAUGCAAGUACUGCAAAUCCUCCACCUCCGCUUACAGCGACUUCUACUCCCUCCACUGGUCCUACCAAAGAUGAUGGCCCACAAGCUACAUGCCCUGUAGACCACAAAACUCGCGCUGUGUGGCUUUCACAACAUCAAAACUCCGAUUCUCCCCAUCCAAUGACCCCGACCGACAUAGUUACAAAACAAACAGACACCACAAAACCCAAAAAACAACGUAGACCUCUAUCCCAGGAGCGGGAAGUAAGCAGCAUCCCCCGAGCAAUCCCAGAUACGUCCACAGCUGCUACGCCUUCCACGUCCGCCGCUCCACCUCCCUCCCCAUAUGAAGCCCAAGCCUCAACCACAGCCUCACACAUCCGCCCUUCAAACGACGAAGCCGAAACAGGCCAUGACUCCCGCACGGGCAAUUGGAUUUAUCCAUCAGAGCGCCAAUUCUUCGAGGCCCUCCUGCGCAAAAAUACACCCACAUCCGCCACCUCCGCGACGGACCUAGCCACCUCCGUCGCCUCAAUCAUCCCCAUCCACAACGCAGUGAACGAGCGUGCGUGGUCUGAGAUCCUAGAAUGGGAGUCAUCGGCACCACUUUCCGAUCCUGGCAGUCGGAAAUGUGGAGGCCCGAAAUUGUACUCGUUCCGUGGAUUGGGUGUCGAUAGCCAAUUUCUAAGUCCAAGGGCGAGGAUCAAUGGCUUGUUAGGGUAUCAACGGCCUUUCGAUAGGCAUGAUUGGGUUGUGGAGAGAUGUGGUGGAGCUAGGGUUGAAUAUGUGAUUGAUUUUUAUCAGGGAAGAGCUGGCGGGGCGGGAUUGGGGACUGCUGCAAAUAAUGCGAAGUUGAACUUUUAUUUGGACGUACGGCCGAAGCUGAAUUCUUGGGAAGGAUGGAGAAUGAGGGCCAGUCGCCUGGUUGGAUUGGGCUGACGAUAUAUAUGUAUUAUGUUUUACUCUUUUAUCAAUAGGAGGGUGGUAGACGUGUCUUUCUUUUGUUGUGGAAGGCUGAUUGUAAGAUGCGUGUGUAUACAGGAGACUCUUAUAUAUGUAUGUACGAUAGUAACGUUGGCAAUGGGAAGCUAGUCAGGAUGGCCGGAAACUCCCCAAAAAAUUAAAACAAUAAAAAUAUAAAUAAACAUCCGAGCCCUCCUUGAAACAGAAUGAAGCAGGAAACAAUGGAUUGACAUAUUUGGGAAUCAUAAACGCAUAUGAGAUACUGACGAAGAAAAGGGCCUGUUAACAAAAAAUCAUACGGACAAUAUAGCAAUAAUAAGAACAGUUACAGAAAAGUACAAUUCGAAACAGCAA